CUCAGCCGUUACCCUACACUUCACCCGCCUUCGUCUAUUCUGUGCAGCAGUCAAUCAAAAGGGUUUUCGGCAUCUCUCUCUCCCACCUCGAUCAUCAAUGGCUGACAAGACUCAGUUUGAUUCUCGCCCCAAUCUGAUCACCAAAGAUCUUCAUGGAGUUGACAAUUCCAUUCCCCUAUCGCCACAAUGGCUUUUGCCAAAACCAGGGGAGAACAAAGCUGGAGUGGUUACUGGGGAAAACCAUCUUAGUCCACUUCAAGGACAGGCCAAUUCUCGAGAUAGUACAAAACUACCUGGAGCAGUUGAAGGCUUGAAUGAUGACCAGAACAAGAAAGAUGUUUUCCGUCCAUCCAUAAGAGAUAUGGAAUCUGGUAGGCGUGAACGUUGGCGUGAUGAAGAAAGGGAUACCAAUUCCUCUGUCCGCAAAGAUCAAUGGAGAGAAGGGGAAAGAGAGCUUCAUGGUAACCGACGAGUGGAUCGGUGGGCUGAUUCUCCUGGGAAACAAUAUGGUGAAGUGCGCCGUACCCCAGUAGAGCGAUGGGCUGAUCCAGCAAAUAAAGAAGGUCACGAUCAACGCCGAGAGAGCAAAUGGAAUACUCGUUGGGGGCCUGAUGACAAAGAGGUUGAUGCAGUGCGUGAAAAGUGGGGGGGUUCUAGUAAAGAAAAUGAUACAAUUCUUGACAAAGGGUCUUCUCAACCUCGUGCUCAUGCAAAGGAAGAGAGGGAUGGGGAUCAUUUUCGACCAUGGAGACCAAGCUCAUCCUACAGCCGAGGAAGAGCAGAUCCUCACCACCAAGCUUCACCCCCAAACAAACAAGUUCCUGUCUUGUCACAUGGAAGGGGACGUGGAGAAAAUCAUGCACCAACCUUUUCUAUUGGCAGAGGAAAGGUUAACUCUAUGGGGAGCUCUGUCUCUCACUUAGCCAGUAAUCAUGGACCUAUCUUAGAAAAAGAUGACAGUGUUAAUAGUGAGCCCCAUGCUCUAAAAUAUAGCAGGGCGAAGUUGAUUGAUAUCUACAGGUCAGUUGAUUUGAGAUCCUGCACAAAGUUUUUGGAGGGGCUUAUUCAUGUACCUUCUCUAACUCAAGAUGAAUAUGUGGAACCCAUGGCCUUUUGUUCCCCGACACCUGAAGAAUUGGUUAUCCUCAAGGGGAUUGAGAAAGAAGAAAUUGUGAGCAGUGGUGCACCUCAAAUCAGUAAAGAUGGAUCUGCUGGCCGAGCAACUACUGACUUUAUGCAUUCUAGAAGAAACAGGAUUGCAGGUAGUAGAGAUGAUCUUGCAGCUUCUCAUGAUGAUUCAGAAGGUUUGUCUGAUGAAAGGCAGGUAUAUUCCCGGUCUAAUGCCAAAGUGGAGGCCAUGCAGGACUAUCAGACUUCUGAUCACAAACUGAAUGCUGAAGUUUUGAAAGAAAAUAGGAGCAUUCUUGGCUCCAGAGAGUCUAGUGCCCCGGGACAUGAUGGUUCAUGGAGAUCUUCAUCCUUUAACUCUGCAUUGGAGAACAGUUCAACGGAUACCCUUAACACUAGAAAGGGACCUCAGUUCCAGAUGGGUGAUCAUCCUAUGACGAGAAGACAAACAUCAGCAGUGUUGGACAGGGAGAUUGAGGCAUGCAAACUUUCUCAGAUUCCACCUGAAGACUUAGUACUCAUCUAUAAAGAUCCGCAGGGUGAGAUUCAAGGUCCAUUUUCUGGAAGUGAUAUCAUUACAUGGUUUGAGGCUGGGUAUUUUGGCAUAGAAUUGCUAGUUCGCUUAGCCAGUGCACCGGCUGAUAGUCCAUUCACUUCACUUGGAGAUGUGAUGCCACACUUGCGUGCUAAAGCACGUCCUCCUCCUGGAUUCAAAUCACCUAAGCCCAACGAAAUACAAGAUACAUCUGGUUGGUUGAACUAUGGAAACAUGGGGAAUCUUCACCCUAUUUUGAACGAGGCUGAAACGUCAAAAGCUGAUUCAAGAUACAAACCUGGUUCAGCGACUGAGGCUGAAAACAGGUUCCUGGAGUCACUUAUGGGGGGCGGCAUGAAUCCUGCAGCACUGGAAAAUUUUGCUCUCUCAGAAGCUAUGCAGGGAUACAGUGGAAAUAUUUCUAACAAACUUCCUUCUGUAGGAGGUAAUAGUGGGGAUGAUCCUUAUAUAUUGGCGAAAAAGAUGAUGCUAGAGAGGCAGAGAUCUCUUCCAAGUCCUUAUCAAUUUUGGCCAGGGAGAGAUGCAGCUGCUAUUGCUGCAAAGACAGAUUUAGUGGGUGAUGCAUCACUGGCUCGCCAGAACCUUUUGUCUUCUAUUGCAGACAAUGCUCUUGCACAGAAUAAUUCACAGAAUGUGGAUUUAUUGACAUCCCGUCAGGGGAUAGCUGAAAGACCCAGCUCCAAUGUCAACAAUGGAAUGGGUGGCUGGUUGAAUUUCCCUGUCCAAGGGGGACUGGACCCACUUCAGAAUAAGUUGGACAUUCAUCACUCUCAGAAUUUUCCUCCACAAUCUGCAAGUAGCUUGCAGCAAAGGCUGCAGAUGCAGAAUCCAUCUAUGAGUAAUUUAUUACCCAAAUCCAUGGACAACCCAUCCAACCUAUUAACACCGGAUAAUCUACUCGCGUCUGGUCUGUCCCAAGACCCGCAACUGCUAAGUUUGUUGCAACAGCAGUAUAUGCUGCAGCUGCAAUCUCAGGUGCCAGUUCCACCACAACAAUCUAUUUUGGAUAAGCUACUGCUUUUAAAGCAGCAACAGAAGCAGGAAGAGCAGCAACAAUUAUUGCAUCAGCAACAAUUGAUUUCUCAGUUGCUCUCUGAGCAGCAUCCUAAUCAACGACUGGGUGAUCCAUCAUUCCAGCAUUUGCAAGCUGGAGCUUUGGCUGCAAGAAUUACUAAUGUUGAUCAUGCCUCAUUUCGACAACCACACGAGUUAUUUAAAAAUGAUCUUCAGCUUCAAUCCCAGAAUCCACAACAUGAAAAUGUUGUCUUACCUGUUGCCCCUCCCAGUAUUUCACAAGAUUUUAACCCAUAUGUUGCUCCUGAAACAUCUAUGCAUGCCCCACAUCCAACUUUUGCCAAUAACGCGGAGCAAAGGAAUUGGAAUGCCAUCCUGCCUCAUCAAAUUGUCGAUAAGCAGCAAGACAUGUCUUCUAUGCCAACUGAUGGAAUGGAAGAAAUAGUUAUGUCAGAGGUGACCAACAACAAGCCUUUGGAACGUACGUCGUGUGAUGAUGAAACUGUCAGAUCUACAACUUCUGAUGUUGCUUUGAGUCCUACACCUGUGGUAUGUUUAGCGGAAUCACUUAAACAGGAAUUGCCUGCUGCUAAUAUUCACGUAGAUGUAAGUGCAUCAAAUGAGAGUUCUGCUAGAACUGUUGCAUAUGCACAAGAUUUAGGUGAAAAAGUCACUAGUGAGUCCUUACCUGUUAAGGAAAUGAAAGUUCCUGAGGCUGAGGAAGCGAAGAAGCUGGUUGAGAAGAAAUCCAAAAAGCAAAAGGCUUUGAAGGUUUCUACUGAGUUGGUAAAGGGUGUGUCUAAGCCACAACAGCCUAAACCAGAAAGUGAAAGAGCAAACAUGCCUCAUGAAAAACCUGAGACAAUGCCUGUCCAUCUAGAUGCACUUGAUGCACCUGUUUCCAUAAAGGAGAGUAAGACUAUUGAUGAUAUGGAUUCGCUUGGCAAACAAUCACUGUCUUCUUGGAAUUCUACAGGUGGUGGGGUAGCAGGUGAGAGCAAGGGUCAGAUAGAACAAGCUGUGUCUGCUUCAGAUCACACCCAUGCUGGACAACGUGCAUGGAAGCCUGCUCCUGGUUUCAAGCCAAAAUCGUUGCUCGAAAUACAGCAGGAAGAGCAGAGGAGAAGAGCACAAGAAGAAGUGGCUGUUUCGGAUAUCUCAACAUCUCUAACCUCUAUUGCCAUUUCUCCUCCCUGGGCUGGGGUAGUUUUGAGUUCUGAUAAUAAGGCACCUAACAUACUUCACCCGGAUACCAGUGCUGAGUUAAAAUCUGAGAGUUCCUCAAUCCAGAAGAACAAGAGCAGCCAAGCUGAAGAUCUAUUUUGGGAUGCUGCUGCCAAGUCAGUCGAGAGAGAAAUGGAAGUUUCUGAAAGUGCUUCCUGGGGAGUGCCUUCCAAAACAGCGAGUUCACAAAAUAAGGCUGUUGAUGAUGAUGACUUUAUCGAGGCUAAAGAUACUAAAAAGAGUCGUAAAAAGGCUUCUAAAGCUAAGAACGCUGCAGCUAAGGUUGCUCCUGCAACUUCAGUAGACGUGGCAGUUGGAUCAAGUUCAAAUGACAAGGGAAAAAUUACUCGGCAAAUGCAGCAAGAGAAGGAAGCCUUUACAGCAGUGCCAUCAGGCCCUUCCUUUGGUGAUUUUGUUAUGUGGAAGGAUGAGUCUGCAAGCCCGUCUCCUGGCCCUGCUUGGUCCACUGAUUCCGGCAAGCUUCAUAAGCCAACUUCACUCAGGGAUAUCCUAAAGGAACAACAAAGGUCAAUGUCAUCUGUACCUGCAAUUCCGGUGCCAAUUCCUCAGAAAUCUGCAACUAACCAAACUGCCCGUGGAAGUGUUUCCUCAUGGUCAGUCUCUGGAUCAUCACCUGCAAAGGCUGCAUCCCCGAGACAAGUUUCUUCGCAGAUAAAAAAUAAUGUGGAGGAUGAUCUCUUCUGGGGGCCAUUGGAUCAAGUGAAACAAGAGGCAAAGCAGUCAGGUUAUCCUCAACUUGGAACACAGGGCAGUUGGGGAAGCAAAACCCCACCUGUGAAAGGAAAUGCUAGUGGUCCAUUGAACCGAGAGAAAUCAAUCGGUGGAAGGCCUACUGAGUAUUCACUUUCUUCAACAGCUUCCUCAAUGAAAGGGAAGAAGAAUGCCUCCAACAAAAAUUCAGAGGCCAUGGACUUCAAGGAAUGGUGCGAGAGUGAGUGCGCCAGACUUGUAGGUUCCAAAGAUACAAGUUUCCUGGAAUUUUGUUUUAAGCAAUCAAGAGGGGAGGCCAAAACGCUUCUGAUAGAAAAUCUUGGUUCAUUUGAUCCCGACCACGAGUUCAUCGACAAGUUUCUAAAUUACAAAGACUUUUUGCCUGCGGAUGUUCUUGAAGUUGCCUUCAAAAGCCAGAACAAUGACAAGGCCUAUGGGUCGACAACGAGAGAUGUGAACACGAACUUUGUUGAUGGAUUGGGCUCGGCGAAAGGUGGUGUGGCAGCGAGUGAUGGGGACGUGAAAGGAGGUGGAAAGAAGAAGGGGAAGAAGGGGAAGAAAGUGAGUCCAUCCGUUUUAGGAUUUAAUGUGGUUAGCAACAGGAUCAUGAUGGGUGAGAUUCAGUCAAUUGAGGAUUAAGCCCAUAGCUAGGAAAUUGCAAAUACAUUUGUGUUGACAGACUGUAAAUGCUUUUGUUUUUCUCUUCUUUUAGUGAGGAAUUUAACCCCUCUUUUAUAGAGCAACUGCAGCACUAAUUUAUCUGCUCAAGCAAUUUUGUUAAGUUAUCCAGAUUAGAUAUCUAUACUACUGUACUGAUUGUAAGAGUUGAAUGCUUAGUUAUAUAUUUGUGCUACCAGCUUUCAUA